CCGGGGCGGCCGGGAGGCGCGUCCCCGCUGAGGACUGUCGUCUCUGCGAAAAGAGAGAGAGAGGGAGGGAGAGAGAGAGAGCGAGGAGGCGAGCGGGGCGAUCGCGAGAGGAAAGGCAAGUUCCAGGGAAAGUUGACUCGGACUGGCACAGCCUGCAAAAAAAAAAAAGUCGAUCGCCAGCGGGAGCAUAAAAGUGCGGGCGGCCGGGGCGCGGCGGCAGCUCUCCCUCUCCCGCUCCCGCUCCGCUCCGCUCCCUCGCCCGCCCAGCGGCUGCAGCGGCCGCAGCGGAGCGCCGCGACCCGCGGGAGCCCCCGCAACACCGGCGGCCCUCGGGAGGGCGGCCGAGCCCCAGGGGAGCCGAGCUCGCGCGGGCUCGGCGUUUUUUCGGCUCUGAGGAGGAACCCCGCCAACCAUCAAGAUUUUGUCCAAAAGCAGACAAGAGGAUCGCCCUGCGCUGAGCCGGCUGGUGGGCAGCAGGCGGCGGCUGAUCGCGGCCGGCGCGCUGGGGGUGGUGAUGGUGCUGCUGCUGGUCAUCCUCAUCCCGGUGCUGGUCAGCUCGGCCGGCACCUCGGCGCACUACGAGAUGCUGGGCACCUGCCGCAUGGUCUGCGACCCCUACGGCGGCACCAAGGCGCCCAGCACGGCGGCCACGCCCGACCGCGGGCUCAUGCAGUCCCUGCCCACCUUCAUCCAGGGGCCCAAGGGGGAGGCCGGCCGGCCGGGCAAAGCGGGGCCGCGCGGCCCGCCGGGGGAGCCGGGGCCGCCCGGCCCGGUGGGGCCGCCGGGUGAGAAGGGCGAGCCGGGGCGGCAGGGCCUGCCGGGCCCCCCCGGGGCGCCGGGGCUGAACGCGGCGGGGGCCAUCAGCGCCGCCACCUACAGCACCGUCCCCAAAAUCGCCUUCUACGCCGGCCUCAAGCGGCAGCACGAGGGCUACGAGGUGCUCAAGUUCGACGACGUGGUCACCAACCUCGGCAACCACUACGACCCCACCACCGGCAAGUUCACCUGCUCCAUCCCCGGCAUCUACUUCUUCACCUACCAUGUGCUCAUGCGGGGCGGCGACGGCACCAGCAUGUGGGCCGACCUCUGCAAGAACAACCAGGUUCGAGCUAGUGCGAUUGCUCAGGACGCUGAUCAGAACUACGACUAUGCCAGUAACAGCGUGGUUCUUCACUUGGAGCCAGGAGAUGAAGUUUACAUUAAAUUAGAUGGAGGAAAAGCACAUGGAGGGAACAACAACAAAUACAGCACAUUUUCUGGAUUUAUUAUUUAUGCUGACUGAUAAUGAUUAAAAAGACCCACCAAACCAGUCGAGAAAUGAAGCCUCCUCUUCUAAGCGAUGGAUUUGCGUGGCAAAAGCCAAUGAAACAAGCACCCCAGCAGAGAGUGACCACUGAACACCUCAGCAGCGGGGGAAAAAAGUUGAAUGCUACCUGAUUCACAUCUGUACAACACAGAGAAACCUUAUGUUUAAAAACCACAAACCAAGUUAAACAGAUGUGCGAUCCACUUCCGCCAAAGCAAAUACUUCAUUGUUAGUGUCCGUGUGAAUAAAGUUCUACAUAGAUCAAAUUUUUAUAGGGAAGAAAAGCCCACCUAAGGAUGCUGAGUUAUUUCUUCAGUGUAUAUGAUACUUUGAUGUGUUAUGAUCUUGCUGCUUUAUCCAUACUUCAGCUUUGAUUCUUGUGACUUACCUGCUAACGAUGCUUGGAGUCCACUCAUGGUGUGGUGAGGAAUGAUUUUACAAUAAAAGGAAGGGGUAAUCAAAAUAUACUUUCUCUCUGCAAA